UAUAGCUCCCAGCCUCAAACAAAACUGUCGAUGAUGAUAGAGCGAGUUAUUCAAGUGUCCCGAGUACCCCCUUUUGACGAAUAAUACAGCAGUCAUACGUUCACAGAUUCUAUUAGUUAAUAUUUUGUGGCUGUUUCUGUGGAAGUAUUAUGAUUCUGUCUUGUCGGACAUGGACAGAAAAUUGCUAAAGGAUCGGAUGGCCCGAAGUUAACCAUGUAAUGUCUUCGGCUCUCCCGCCCCAGGCGUGAUGCCGACAGUAGGAGUAGGAGAGAUAAAAGAUCACAGAAUGGAUAAUAAGGAAAAGAAGCAAACACAGCCGGCUGAUUACAGAAUAUGUGGAGCCUACACUCGAGAUCUGUACGUCGUGUUCAAGAAGUAUGACGACAAUGACCGGAUCAAGAUGUCCAAUCUGCGGCUAGCGUUCAACGACCUGCAGCUCUUCCCAUCACACUCUCAGAAGAGCCUUGCCAACUUCCAAGUGUUCCUCGGUGGCUCGUGCGGCUGUCCAAAGAAGCCAACCACCUGGAGACACGACACGGCCAUACCCUUCCUCAAGAAAGAGAACAUCACUUUCUAUAACCCUCAAGUGAACACCUGGAGGCCCGAGCUGAUUGAGCUGGAGGACAGAGCCAAAUGUGUUGCAGAGUUGCUGUUCUUUGUCAUUGACAACAAUACAAGGAGUGUGACUUCUCUCUGUGAAAUUGCUUAUUUAGUCGGUUGUGGCCGUCAAAUCAUCGUUGUGUUCAAUGGAUUUCUCUCGCAUGUAGAGGAGGUCGGCCUGGAGAAAACAUCAACGAGGGAGCGGGAGGACAUAGCCCGUGCCAGGAAUGUGUUGAUGGACAUCAUUGAGAGGAACAGUAUCCCCGUAUUCCAUGACCUUGAGUCUGCGCUGAAGGGCACGGCGCUACAUCUCAAACAGGGCAUCAAGGUCCAGGACCUGACCCUCCAGCAGGGGGCGCAGCCGGUCAAGUUUGGUCAUGUCCUGGUCGGAGAAGCCUUGCUGAAACUGAGAGAGUCCUUCAACUCCAUCACUGGGAGCACAGAGGGGAAGAUGAGUCGAGAGGAUAUCCGGCUGGGCUACCGUUGCUACACAGGGGAUGACUUCAGUCUCUCAUGGCUCCAGCACCAGCGGCCAGGCCAGACCUCGUUCUCUUUUGAAGAGUUCUGCGCCAUCGUUACCGAGUACAAAAGGAAGCGUCCCUCUGUAGCAUCACAGGUCGCCUCUAAAAUUGUCUCCCCUGUUACUUGGCUAUUGGGCAAACUGCGAGGGAAUUCGGGUCCCAGCGACGACAUCCAAGAAGUGUACGACAUCUACCUAGGUGGAAGCUGUGGUGAGGCCAACUGGAGAGAAGAUGUGGCCAUUCCUCUAUUAAAACGAGAGGGCGUGUCCUUCCUGAACCCGCUGGUGACCAAAUGGAGUGACCACCUGAUCCCCAUGCAGGCUGCGGAGAGAGAGAAGUGCCGUAUGCUGCUCUACGUCAUCGCUGACUGUACCAGAGCAAUUGGGGCCAUGGUUGAGGCUGCCUACUAUAUCGGCCGAGGCUGUCGCGUGACGCUGUGUUUGGAGAAACUGACACCAGACACAACGGUGGCAGGCGAGCAGAUGACGGAGGCAGCUUUGAAGGAUUACUCCCGCAGUCGAGAGUACCUGAGUGACAUGGCGAGCCGCGAGGGCGCUCCGGUCUUUGAGAACGUCAAUGACAGUCUGGAGUCCAUUGUUAAAUGUGUGCGUAAACUCCACGGCACCACGGAUUCUAAAUGGUUGUGUCGACCAUGAGGAAGUUCCAAAAACACAUGUUGCCAUAGGGCGGGGGGUAUAAUGACAUCCGUCUGGUGAUUUAGUCCCUUCGUAUAUAACCAUUAUACAAGAUUCUGAAGUAUUAUCAGAGAUAAUUCAGAAGUAGAACUAACAUUAACGUCCUUUAUACAAGAAAAUGACAAAUGUGUACUGAAAAUUACAGGCUUAGUCAGCACUUACAUCAGUCUGUUGAUUUAGUCUCUUCGUAUGUUACCAUUAUACAAGAUUCUGAAGUGUAAUCUCUGUUCAGAGAAAAGUUCAGAAUUGAAAAUGAUACUAACGUGAUUUAUACAUGAAAAUGACAAAUGUGUACUGAGAAAUUACAGGCUUCAUCAGCACUUACAUCAGUCUGUUCACUUAGUCUCUUCGUAUGUAACCAUUAUACAAGAUUCUGAAGUAUAAUCUCUGUUCAAGGAUAAGUUCAGAAUUGGAAAUGAUACUAACAAAUAAAACAUGUAAAUGACAAAUAUGUACCAAAAAAUAACAGACCUAUUCAGCUGCUGAGAAGUGUUAUGCUGAGACUUAUGACUACGAGAGAUUGAUAUUGAUUGAUAUUGUUAUUAAUGUUAUUAUUUGCUGGCCUAACAUGGCUGUUCUGUUAUAGGGCAUGACAGGUUAUUGAUGUCCUUUGCCUGUGGUUGAAUGUGAGAACACUGGCCGAGGAUUCUAAACGUUGAAAAAUGUCAGUGAGGUGAGAUAUUUGCCUUAUUUUUUGGUGGUGUGGCAGGAGAGUAGAGCUGACUAUCUUGUUUCUGAUGUGUUGGCCUGAUUUGAAAGUGUAGAGAGAUUCAUCGUUUUACACAACAGAUUUUCGUUUUUGUCUUCAGAAGUUUUGGUUGUGGAUAUUUUCGUUGACUUCUGAGACUUGCACGGAUUUGAGGAGGGUGUGCUGUAAGGAUCUCGAUGACACAGGAAAGGAAUGGUAUCAGUCUUCAGAAUUUUAAGUGAUUAUUUUUUCCAUUUUUGUGCGUGUAUUUUUGCUGUUAGUAAUUCAUUUUUCAGCCAUGUACUAGAACAGGUUUCUGGGAUGGACACUUGCUUUUUAAAUUUGUUUUUAUUUGCUAAUUCAGAAUUUUUUUUAUAAUUACUGAAAAAUUACUAAAAUUAUCAAGAUGUAUAGAUUCAUUUUGAUUAAUGAUAUGCUGGCCAGUUUUUGUAGUCUCUCCAGGCCCACAUUCUUUAAAAGGCUAAAAAAAACCCAAACGAUGCUCUCCGUCCAUGUCAAAGAGAAAGGGCAUCUCAAAGUCCCGAAUGUGUCAAACUCACAGCCUCUGCUGUGAUGCAUGCUAUGAUAGAUUAGAAAGUGACCAUACUUUGAACUUUUGCUUUGUUUUCACAUUAGCAUUAAUCUCUUCCGGUGUCUGAGGUGAAGCAGUUUGGUGCUUCGCAGUUGCACACAGUAGGCUCGAGUUCAAUUCCCAAGUGAGAUUAAUUUCUAUUGAGUAUCCCAAUUUUUCUGCUUAGUGGCUGUAUCCCUCUUUAAUAAAAAAAA